CCAAAGACUACCGAAACACACGCUAGUAGUUUUUCAAAACAAAAUUCCCUCAUUACAAAAUCAAAAUAAAAACAGGAAACAGAAAGCGGAUAACAAAACCCCAACCACUGCAAGAAAAUAAAGAAAAACAAACACCUUUCUUUCUUACAACAGUGAUUUGCAGAAGUUACUCCACUCUUCCCUCAUCCAAACCCUAAAAAAUAUACAUUUCCCAAAUUCUCUCUCUCUCUCUCUCUCUAGCAGACUCGUCAGGCAGUAGAGCAGAAAGAAAUGGGCCUCCCCCUUCUUCUUCUUCUUCUUCCACUCCCACAAACCUUCCAGAACAGCCAUGGGGACUAGCAAAACCAACCCACAUUCCCAAGAAUGGGAAAGAAUCCCGAAGAAGAACACUCUCUCUCCACAAGCACCGCCAACGUCGUUGAUUCCCACGCCACAGACCCAAAUGCUCAAAAUGGGUGCAGGGUUGGGCUUCGUUUUGUACGGUUGAGAUGCAUUUUGGCCCUCUUACUUGGCUUGGGCGUGUUCGUAUCGGCUCUCUUUUGGCUGCCGCCGUUUCUUCACGGCGCGGAUCAGAGGGAUCUGGAUCUGGACUCACAGUUUGGAGAUCACGAUAUGGUUGCAAGUUUCAAGCUUAAGAAGCCUGUUUCAUUGCUGCAAGACAAUAUUUUGCAACUUGAGGGUGACAUUUUUGAUGAAAUAGAAGCUCCCACCAUUAAAGUGGAAAUUCUUUCUCUGAAACCCGAGUCUGGAUCAAACAUCACAACUGUUGUCUUUGUGGUUGACCCUGAUGAGAAAAAUACAAGAGUCUCUUCAACUAUUCAAAGCUUAAUAAGGGCCUCUUUUGUGUCUCUUGUUCAACAAUAUCCUCUCCGCCUGAACGCAUCGUUAUUUGGGGAACCAUCCUCUUUUGAGGUGCUGAAGUUCCCAGGAGGCAUUACUAUUAGUCCUCCACAAAGUGCAUUUCUUCUGCAAAAAGUGCAGAUCCUUUUCAACUUCACCCUCAUUUUCUCUAUUGACCAGAUAAAAUAUAAUUUCAAUGAUCUGACGAGCCAGCUCAAGUCAGGGUUGCGUCUUGCUCCAUACGAGAACUUGUAUAUUAGCUUGACGAAUUCAAAAGGUUCGACAGUUGCUCCCCCAACUACUGUUCAGACGUUAGUUCUGUUGGCAAUUGGGAGUCCUCCCUCGCAAACAAGGUUAAAGCAGUUGGCUCAAACCAUCAAAAACUCUCAUGCAAAAAACCUAGGACUGAAUAACACCGUAUUUGGUAGAGUGAAGCAAGUUCGUCUCUCAUCGAUACUGCAACACUCCCUUAGCGGUGAUGCUAGUCCUACUCCGGCUCCUUUGCCUUCUCCUCGCCACCACCACCGGCAUCACCACCACCACCACCACCACCAUCACCAUGAUGCUCUUCUUUCUCCUAUCAUUUCACCUGGAGCUGCACCUGAGAAAAGACCCCCUGCUACUGAGAAAGGUUCACCUUCUCCUGCACCUGCACCUGGGAUGAGUAACAAGGCAAACCCUCCCGGUUGCGAAUAUGGGCGGUUUCCAAGGAAGGCCAAGAAGCAGUCUCACGUGGGUCCCCCUGUUUUACCACCAGUUCCUGGGACUUAUGCUGCACCCUCGCCAAUGCAGCUAGUAAGCCCUCCGGCACCAGCCUCUUAUCAAAUUCCUGCACCAAGUCCGUUUCCUAAAGCUGUGUUUGCUCAGGUUCAGCCUCCUACAAGUGGUGAAUUUGAUGCUGAGCCUCCCGACAUAACUCAUCAAGCAGUUUCAGCCUCGCCAUAUUCAUCCUCGGCAGGUCUUCUUCCCACUGGUUUACCGGCAGUUCUGCAGUUUCUCAUUCUUGUGAACCUACUAUGACACCAACGAAAAAGAAGCAUCCUGCUUCCCCAUUAAGUUGCUUCUCCAGUAUUACAAAAGUAGUUUGUAUAAUUUCAAUCAAACGAACAUAAACUGGAGGAGCUUUGUUAGUAGGAGCAACGCAAGCAGGGCGCGCCUCACAGCUGAGUGGAUAUAUGUUGUUUUUGUGCCUGUAUAUUUUGUUAUAAAAAAAAAAAAAAAGAAGAAAAAAAAAAGUUGGCAGAUGCAUUUUCAGGUCAAAGUCACAGAGGUGACAGGCCCUUGAUAACAUCUUGCAUUGCCGCGUUUUGUGUAAGAAUUUCUCCCCUGCAGACAUGCUGGGAGGGGAAAACAUCCAAUGUAUGACAUUUUCGUGUUCCUCACGAUUCUCGAGUUAAUCUAGUAAGAUUUUUGUAA